CACCGCUGGAGGGGCGCGGGCUCCGCGGGCACCAUGAGACCCGAGGCGGCGGCCGGAGCCCGGGAGGCGCGGAGGCGCGUCUGUCACUGCCCCGGGGACGGUCCCAGGGGUCCACCGCCGCCGCGCGGGCCCGAGAGCCCUACACCAUGGAGACCUUGGAUCCGGUCGCCCCAAGAUGCUGAACCAGCCGGAACUGGAAACCCGCCUGAGUCUGGGGGUGACCAACAAACUUCUGGAUCAAAGGGGGCCUUUGGGUUCCAGCAUCCUGUAAGACUUUAUUUACCCAUUUCUAAGAGUCAAGAAUAUCUGCAGAGUUCCGGGGAGAAAGUGCUGGCCAGUUUCCCAGUGCAAGCCACCAUUCACUUCUACAACGAUGCGUCCGAUUCAGAUGAUGAAGAGCAAGAGGAUGAAGCCCAGCCGCCCGACCUUCCGUGCCAGGAGGUGGCAGGUCCAGUGGAAGACAGCCUGGGAGCAAAGGGCAGAGGUCGACAGACAAACCCAGGACGGAGAUCCCGAGGAUGUGGUGGCCUCGGGGGUAAGGGUCUGCUCCCCCAUCGUGACUCUCUGGGAGGCGCUGAGUGCACCUCAUUCAAAUAAGCCAGGUCUCUCUCCCAUGCCAGACCCACCUCACACACGCUCUUGGGGACAGCUGCUCCAGGACACUUUGCAUUUCUGCUGGGUGUAAGGGGUCAGGGCUGCCUACACUCUCCCUGGUCAGCACUCCGUUCAUGGCAAGAACUCAGCUUUUACUUUUCCUUCUGGUGACUCUUCUUCAGGCACUCAUGCAUACCGUUUAGAAAGCAUUCUAGGACCAAGAGAAGGUUGGUGUCAACAUGGGUUGUUAGCGGAUAGGGCCAACUAUCAAAGCACGUUCAGUACUGUCACUCUGCUGAUCAAGUGACAAAUCAUUCCAAUACAGAUUAGUAACCCACCCAUGCCUCUCACUUAACCUGAGACUCAUUAUUUGGCUAUUUCUGCUGUUGUAAAAAUGAUUUAGAUAUUGUCCAAGGGUUGAUGCGGUUGCUCUGUGGCAUGCUGAAAAAAAUUUAUUUAUGAAAAAACAAACAAAACACUGAAUAAUUUCCAUAAGAGCAACAGAAAUAAAAA